ACUCUUGGUUUAUUCAUGUUCCCGUGCGCGGGCAGUGGCUCAGAUGCUAGCCGAUAGCUAGCUAGCAAUUUAUAACAAAAUGCAUAUCUUUUUGUUAGCCAAGGGGAUGCCCUAGGAGCCAAAUAAAUGUAUACGUGAAACGAUAACGUUUAUGGGGCGAUUUGGGAGAUCGCGGGAGAAUUCUGACCCAUUUUAAUGACCCCUAAAUCCCGAUUUUUCGGCCCCUGGAGCCACAGCGCUCGAACAAGAGAGCAUCCCAGCACCGUUUGCGGAUAUGAGGAAGGGACCCGACGUUAUUCGGGGGAGAAGCUAACAUACAACUGACUGGCAUUUUAUCAGGAAUACUCUGUCGGCUUGACUGGACGGUCCGGAUACCACUUGAAAUCCAAGAAGUGAAGUGGAAGUAGGGGAUUUUCUUCCCUUUCUGCCUACAGCUCUUCUCCUCCCUGCGAUACUGUUCCUGUCAUUAAAUCCCUCGUCACCCUUGCCAGUUUUUCAGUGCCACUUGCUGAAAUGGAUUGGGCCACGCCAGCAGCCAAACUGAAUCCCUACACCCGAGCCCGCAUGACAGAGGCCUGGCAGCAACACUCAGUCGGUCCACCUCAAGUCGUCCACACUAUCCCUCCAGGAGCUGAGAACACGUUGGGCUGUGCCGUGUAUGGCAUUGUACUGCAGCCAGAUGCUACGUCUUUGCAGCAACAACAGCAGCAACAGACUCAGCAUGGACAGCACAGCCAACACAACCAACAACACAGUGCGAGUCAGCAGCACGGAGGCGGGCAGCACAGUCAGCAGCAGCACCCUGCCCAGGCCCAGCAGACCUCCCUACAGGUAGGGACAGAGGGAGGACACAAGUGUGGGGCCUGUGGACACGAUAUCUCCCACCUGGCCAAUCCACAUGAGCACCAGUGCAUGGUGAGUCAGGACAGGUCAUUCCAGUGCACCCAGUGCAUGAAGAUUUUCCACCAGGCGACAGACUUGCUAGAACACCAGUGUGUUCAGGUGGAGCAGAAGCCGUUCGUGUGUGGGGUGUGUAAGAUGGGCUUCUCCCUACUCACCUCUUUAGCUCAGCACCACACAUCCCAUAACAGCACCAACCCAAUGAAGUGUUCAAUAUGUGAGAAGACCUACCGACCCGGUUCUUCUGGCAACGUCACACCCAACUCAAAUAAUCCCCAGCAGUCCGGCAGUGAUGGGGCAUCAGCCAGCAGCAGCUCAUCCAUUCUACCCUUUCCCUCGGCACGAGACCGGCCGUACAAAUGCUCUGUUUGCCAAAAGGGCUUCAAACACCUAUCAGAACUUACGCGGCACGAGAGGGUCCACACAGGAGAGAAGCCCUUCAAAUGUGACACAUGUGACAAGGCCUUCAGCCAGUCAUCACACCUACAGCACCACCAGCGAACACACAGCAGUGAACGCCCAUUCAAGUGUGCUGUUUGUGAAAAGAGUUUCAAGCACCGCUCCCACCUCGUGCGCCACAUGUAUGUGCACUCUGGUGAGCACUUGUUCAAAUGCAACUUAUGUGAGCUGCACUUCAAAGAGUCGUCGGAGCUCCUUCACCACCCCUGCCACCCGCAGGGUUCCCGCCCCUUCCGCUGUGCCACAUGCGGUAAGGGUUUCAAGCGGCCGUCAGACCUUCGCCAACAUGAGCGCACGCACUCGGAGGAGCGUCCCUUCCACUGUGACGAGUGUCAGAUGAGCUUCAAGCAGCAGUAUGCGCUGGUUCGGCAUCGACGCACACACAAAGACCCUACUGACCGGCCAUUCAAAUGCAAUCUGUGCGACAAGGGCUUCAUGCAGCCCUCUCACCUCCUCUACCACCAGCAUGUCCACGGCAUGGACAACCUGUUCAAGUGCGCCUCGUGCCAGAAGGAGUUCAGCCAGUCAGGAGAGCUGCUCAGACACAAGUGCGGCGAGUCAUCCAACACCUCGCCCGACAAGCCGUACAAGUGUGACGUUUGUGGCAAGGGCUACAAGAAGAGUUCCACGUUACAGCGUCAUCAAAACUCUCACUGCCAAGAAAAGCCCCUCAAGUGCUCGCUCUGUGACCGCCGCUUCCUCUCCUCCUCGGAAUUCGUCCAGCACCGCUGCGAUCCGUCGCGGGAAAAGCCGCUGAAGUGCCCUGACUGCGAGAAACGUUUCAAAUACUCAUCAGACCUGAACCGACACCGGCGCGUUCACACAGGGGAGAAACCAUACAAAUGCGACCACUGCAACAAGGGCUUCAAACAGCGAGAGCACCUGACCAAACACCAGAGCACGCACUCCAGAGAGGGCCAGUUCAAGUGUGUUUGGUGCGGUGAGCGCUUCAGUGACUUGGGCUCUUUGCAGGAUCACACGGUGCAGCACACAGCCGACGGAGGGGGUUACCCUGUGCCCCAGUGCAUAUAAAUGCUCACAGACCUUUUCCCUUGAACAGACAGUCCCCUAAAGUCCCGUCCUCUUGUCUGUCCCUUUCACCACAUUUGAAGGACAGUCCAGGUUAUUACAGUUAUUAUUGCAUUCAUUCCCACCAGUGAUGCAUCAGGUUUUUGUUGCUCUACUAACCUGCCCAAAGGCCUUUAAUACUGUGACCCUGUCAUUCCAUAAGAUAACGAGAAGGCCUUUUUCUCUCCCUGCGCUCUCCUUUUUGUUCCACCUCAUUUUCUUUUUAUACCCGUCCUCUUCCCUUUUUUCUCAGCCCCACACUCAGACAGUUGAUAGCAGUGAAGAGGCCACAACCCCACAACUAGAGCUGCAACCAUUAUUCGAUUAGUUGGUCGAAAGAAAAUUAAUCAACAACUAUUUUGAUAAUCCAUUAAUUGUUUCAGGUAAAUUUUUUUUUGAGCAAAAAUGUGCAAAAUUGGCUGGUUUCAUUUUCUGAAAUUGAGGAAUUGCUGCUAUUGUUUGUCAUUUAUGAUAAUAAAUUAAGAGUCUUUGGGUUUUGGACUGUUGGUUAGACCAAAGAAGCAAUUUGAAGACAUCAGUUUGGACUCUGUAAAAUUUAGAUUUUUCGUUUUUCACAAUUUCUUGACAUUUUAUAGACCUAAACAUUAAUCGCGAAAUUUGUCGGCAGAUUAGUCAAUAAUGAAAAUAAUCGUUAGUUGCAGCCCUAACCACAACUAUGAGUCAUACUUAGUCAGCCUGUUGCAGACAGAAACAGGUGCUAUAAUGCAGGUUGAUACAGCAAGUACUGAGAUCCCUCCUAAUGUCCUCCCCCCAGGAAAGGAAAAAAAUUGAAUUGCCCCUUCAUUGUCUUAUAAGAGACAGCCAUUGUUGUUUUGUUUUUUUAAAGUUCUUGGCAGGAAGUAUGUUGUAAGGUGUACGUAAUGAAUCAGUAGAGGCGAGUCUUAACCUAAACUGGCCGGGCCACAAACUGUCAUGACUGCUAGAGUAUCCACUAGAGGGGGAUCAUUCCCUUGUUUUAUUCUUUUUGCCUUUCCCUCUCUUUGUCCAGAGACAUCUCUUCCCUGCUCCUCAGUUUCUCCCUCUUUCUUCUUCCCAUCUCUGCUUUCUAUUGCUUCUUCCUCUUCCUGUCUCAGCCUGUCGCUGUAUAACAUCAGAAGGCUGGAAAGUUUCACUGACCGCUCAGACACACACACAUGCACUCACAUUCGUUUGCCUUUGGUCAGGUGAAGGAUGACUUGAAGUGCUUUUCAUUUUCAUGUCCCCACAGUAAUAGAGAAACAGUCUUUAUUAUUUUGGUCCAGACUGCUUCCACAUCCCUCUGGGUUGUGGGAUAGUAUUUUUACAUGUAUAAUUUAUGAAGUAGCCAGUAUGCUCCUCAUUGUAUGUGAAAGGGAAACAGUGUGGGGGGAAUUUGGGGGUUUAUUGUCCUAUAGUGAAAUAAUUCCACUGAUAAAAUGUCUGUGAGUGUAUGUGAGGUUCAUGGUUUUCAUGAAUACUCCUGUUUGUAUCAAAACACCAGUAUGAAGCAGCACCGGAUCUCAAAGGUGUGUAGACUAACCAACCAGCAGAAGUCAAUACAAAAACCCAGAUGAUCGAUACCAUUCUCACCAGUCAGAAUAGACUUAUAUAUAGAAAUAUAUAUUUCACACUAAUAUACUUGUCAUAUUCCUGCAGAGGUCAGUGCUGUUAGACUUACAUGUGCUGAAAAUGUCCAAGUUUGAACAUUACACUUCCUGUCUCGGCCUGUACAUACUAUGGAUGUGUGAGUGUACUUGUCAGAAUUUGUCUUUCUUAAAAACAAUGUGUAAGGACUGUUUUUGUAUUCUUGCUACUUUUUACCAUGUGAAAUGUUUUGACAAAAGCUCUUUUGUUGUUUUUGUAGUCCAUGUAGUGAUUGUAUCAGUAUGUCGCAGGGAAUCUCAUGGAGCACCCUCCGUGUGUGUGUGAGUCUGGGUGUGUGAAUGUAAACAGUAUUCUGUCAAACAGGGAAAUUCCGACUGUAGACAAUUGUAUUAGAAAUGUUUCAACAGACCUGCGCCUUUUUUUUUUUUUUUUUUUUUUUAAAUUUACUAACCUUACUGGUCUGUCAUCUGUUUUUUGCAGAAUGAACCUGCACUUUGUGUUAGAUAUUUUCCAUGAUUUGAAAGAAAUAUUAGCACUGUUGUUCCCGUUCUAUGUUGCGUUAAGGUUGAUGUUGUGUCUGUCAGAGUGGGUUUAUACCAGAGUGAAUGACACCAUGCUCUUCUUUGAAUGCUAUGAGAUUCUGGUUGCGCUUAAGGAGCCUGGAACGCAAGUUGGCUAACAUGUCAUCUGUGAUCGCCAUUGUUUCUUUUUCUGUUUAUGUGGGGGGCCGUUACCUCUCUCCCCUCUCUCUGUUUUACUGUUGAGUCAUGGUUUGAGUGCAGUAUUAAAAAGUAUUGAGUACAAAUGGA